CACCUGCACGUAGCUGUAGGCGUGAAGUACUCACAGGUGCAGCGAAACCCGUCUGCGGUGCCCGAAUGACUGCCAUUGGCAUGAUGAAACUUUUAUGUCACACAACCAGAAAUGAGAACAGGUGUGCAAAAAGGUUCUUUGGUACUCUUCUAACACAAACAUCACAAAAGAGGGUCUUUUCUCCAUUCUGGGUGGUGUUACCUGACCCUACAAAAUCAGCUGUGUUUGGACUUACACAACCAUUUUGUACAGCUGAAAAAUCUCAAACAGCACCAAAAAGCAAAGCACAAUUUGGAAGCGUUGGGCGAAGAAUUCCCUAUCGGAUUUUGCAUGUUAUCAACCAGGAUGGAGAGAGCUUAGGACAUAUGCACCGAGCAGAGGCACUCCAACUUAUGGAUCAGCAUAACCUGAAACUAGUUCUUCUUCGUGAGAAUGAAGACCCUCCUGUAUACAGACUCAUGACUGGGCAGCAGAUUCAUGAAGAACAGCUUAGACGUGCAGAGAAGAAAAAAGCAAGUCCAAAACCAGAGGUGGUCCAGAAGGAGUUAUCCCUUUCUUCAGCUAUUGCCAAGAACGACUUAGAGACCAAGACUAAACAGAUAGCACAGUGGAUUGAAAAGAAAUACCAUGUUAAAGUUACCAUCCGGCAAGCAAAAUAUAGCAACACAGACAUGUUCCUGCUUUUUGAUCAAAUUUUAGAAACGGUGUCUGAGAAAGCCACUUACCUUUCCAAGCCAAAAGUUACUAGAGAAGGAGUAAGUACCUGUAUUUUGAGACACAUGUCUGAAAAAGAGUUGAAAGCAUACCAGAAGGAUAAACAGAAAAACAUUACAGAAGAGAAGAAUACGAGUGAAGAUCUGAAGUCAAAUGAUUUGCAUCAGUGACUUGG